AUUUCAGUUUGAAUUCGUCGGUUCAAUAGACGAGACGUUUUUUUUAUAUUUAUUUUAUAUUUGAAAUUGAGGUGUAGAACAAAAUUUGUUCAGUUUUAGUAGUGUAACUACACACUCGAGUACACACAGAACAUUUUAUUUACAUUUUUGGUAUUUAUGGAAACGAUGAGACAAUAUUUUAUUGAUCAAGCGGCUUGAUUGUUUUACAAUUUUUCUAAUAAUCAUUAGAAUGAAGUUUUAAUCAGUGUGUGUACACAGUGGCAUCAAAGAAAUUUUGUUUACAUUUUGCCCCAUAUACCAUAAGCGACCGUGUCUUAUCGUUCCACAGUAUGAUAAGACAUCUUAUGUAUUGAGCAAUAAUGCUAUUUACAGUCGCGGUAAAUAGCAACCUAUGUCCCGCGAAAUCAAUUAACACAAAUAGUAUGCUUCACAUACACGGUAUGCUAGUCGAAAUAGAAAUACAAAAAAGAAUUCUCAAACAUUUUCUUCAUCGAUUCGGUACAAAUUGAAUUCAAUUAAGAAUAUGGUUACGAUUGCUAUUGAUUGUCGUACAAUCAUUGGUUUGGUGUUGUUAUUGUUUUCAUUGUUACCCAAUGGAUAUCCAAUGGAUCUGCUGAGAAGAAACAGCAACACCUGCAAGUCAAACAGCGAUUGUCCAAUCUAUGCUUUCUGUGAACACAAUACAGAACCGACCGAAAAUGGGCUCUGUGUGUGUCAAGAUGGAUACAUGAUUAUAGCCGAAAAUAAGCAACGAAAGUGUUACAAAGUGGCUUCCAGUAUAAACGAAGAAUGUAUGUUCGAUGAGCAAUGUAUGCAUAAGCUGAGCACAGAAGCAGAAUGUUGGAAUAAUUUCUGUCGAUGUCGAGUGGGUACACAUUAUGUGAAGCGCGACAAAGCGUGCUACAAGAGCGUCAAACUAGGUGACUUCUGCAGACUCACCAACAAUUGCAUCGGCGACGAAACAUCAUGCCAAUCGGGCAUUUGUGUUUGUCCCAUGAAUACACAUCCCAGACCGGAUAAUUUGCAAUGCAUAAAUGAUGUACGACUCGGCUACGCCUGUAACAGUGACUAUGAAUGCAUUAACGAUAAUUCACGAUGCCACAAUGUGUGUCGAUGUAAAAUCAGUCAUAUUAUCAAUCACAAUCGGACAAAGUGCUUGAGAAUUGUCGAUCGGUUGGGUGGUGCGUGCGAAGAAGACAGACAAUGUGCAGAGUUGAUUGCCGAUUCAGUUUGUGGACAGAAUGGAACAUGCGUGUGUGCUGAAGGAUUUCAUGAACUGAAUCAGCAAUGCUGGACGACUGUUAGUCAUGCUGGCAUAUGUGAAACGGAUGAGAACUGUUCCGUCACACCGGGAGCCGUUUGCCUAUCUGGACGAUGUGAUUGCUCCAAUGGCCUCAGCUACGAUAAGGGUGAAUGUUCCUCAAGCAGUACCAAACAUUAUUUUAGUAAUUUAUUGUUGUCCUUGUUGUUGAUUUUAAUUAGUUUUAAGUUAAUUUUAGUCACGUGAAUGGAAGUAGCGCGCGUGCGCGCUCUAUUUUCCAAAUUUUUCUUUUUUGAAAAAAAUUAUUUAUUUAAAUCUUCCCAGAAAAAUUGUGUGUAUGAGUUCAACACUUACACGAAACUAUAUUCGAGUACCUUUUACCAUUAGAUAUGUAAAUUAGAUUUAAGUUAAGUUUAAGAUUUACAGUCAUGAUUGCAUUGCGUAUUGGAAUGGGAUUCCAAUUAAUUUUGUUAGGCUGACAGCAUUCCAUUU